ACCCUUAUGACUUUGUGCAACAAAACAGGUUCAAUAAGAUAAUCCAAUUCUUCUUUUCUAAGAAUGGGUGAUAAUGUUGCUGGUGCUUCAAAUGAUGAUGGCUACAUCAAAGAGCAAGACCGGUUAUUGCCAAUAGCCAACGUUGGGCGGAUCAUGAAGCAGAUUUUGCCUCAAAAUGCAAAAAUCUCCAAGGAAGCUAAGGAAACAAUGCAAGAAUGUGUUUCUGAGUUCAUUGGCUUUGUCACUAGUGAAGCAUCUCAGAAAUGCAGAAAGGAAAGGCGAAAAACUGUGAAUGGAGACGAUAUCUGCUCGGCUAUUGGAACUCUAGGUUUUGAUGACUAUGCUGGGCCACUGAGAAGAUACUUGCAGAGGUAUAGAGAGGUAGAAGGAGACAGAGCUAAUCAAGAGAAGGGCGGCAAUAGCAAUACUGAAGACAAGGAGGAACCAGCAUCUUCAUAUGGAACUAACCAGCCAAUAAAUCAAGCUGGUAGAUCCAAUUUCAUCUGAGUUCAACAUAACUGGCUACAGGAGUAAUAGCUCCAGUUCAAGGCCAUUCAAUUAAGGUCUUUGAGUAGCCCCUUGACAAAGAUGCAAUGCCAGCCAUUUUUCACAGUUCUUAGAAUAUUUUUAUAUGAUAGGAAUUGAGUUCUUUUUCCUUUCCCUCCUCCUAUCUGAUGUACAGACUACUGUUGCAACAUUCUACAAAAGUUUGCAAGUUCAUUUUGCUUCUUUCUGUGUUUUAAUUAAGAUAGAUCAUGUCUUUGUAAGAUUCUUCUAAAUCAGUUUUUUGGGCAGAACUAUACAUAUAUGUACAUAUCUAUGUACGUAUAUAUGUAGGGCGCUUCAAUUUUUCUUGAGUGUUCUCUUGUAUGACAUACUAAGGAGGUGGAAGAUAAUAACUAUGUGGGAAAGCAAUAAAAAUUUUCAAUUCCC